AUGUGCUUCUGGACAAAGCCUUCUGUAUCCUGGGUGCCCUUGUUCCUUCUACUCAGCCUUGAUCCCUCUACUGAGACAGAAAAACCCUCUACUCCGGACAGCAGCAGUACUUGGAGUCCAGGGCAGCUGACAGAAAUUCUACGGGUUCUCUCUGCUGAUGACCCCCGUCCCCUGAACCACUCAAGAAGCCUCAUCAGAACAUUGCUGGAGAAAACUGGGUGCCCACGGAGGACCGACGGAAGGCAAGGAGACUGCAAUCUGUGCUUUGAACCGGAUGCCCUGUUACUAAUAGCUGGAGGAGAUUUCGAGGAUCAGCUCAGAGAGGAAGUGAUCCAGCGAGUUUCUCUUCUCCUCCUCUAUUACAUCAUUCAUCAGGAAGAGAUUUGUUCUUCUAAGUUCAACAUGAGUAAUAAGGAGUAUACAUUUUACCUGCACAGCCUUCUCAGCCUCAGGCAGGAUGAAGACUCCUAUUUCCUUUCACAGAAUGAGACGGAAGAUAUCCUGGCUUUCACCAGGCAGUACUUUGACACUUCCAGAAACCAGUGUAUGGAAACCAAAGUGCUGCAGAAAAAAUCUGGAAUCCUAAGCAGUGAUGGUGCCGAUGAAAACACUCUUCCUCAGUUGGCAGCAACAAUCAUUGCUUUGUCCCUCCAAGGUGUUUGUCUGGGACAAAGAAACUUGCCUCCCCCAGACUAUUUUACAGAAUACAUUUUCAGUGCCUUGAAUAGUACGAAUACUCUUCACCUAUCGGAACUAGACAAGCUCCUCAACACUCUCUGGACUAAAAGUACCUGUAUCAGAAAAGAUAAAAUCCAUCAGCUUAGAAGGAAACAAAACACCCUAACAAUUCAUGAUGGAGACUACCCUAAUAUAUCUGUAUCCGUGGACCCAGAAUCAGAAGAUGGUCCAGUUUCCUGGGAUCAGACUUGCUUCUCUGCCGGGCAGCUGGUGAACAUAUUUCUCCAGAACAAGAUUUCACCCAUUUCUAAGGAGGACUUUAAGCAAAUGAGUCCAGGAAUCAUUCAGCAAUUGCUCAGCUGUUCUUGCCAGCUGCCCCAGGACCAACAAGCAAAGAUGGCACCCACCACACUGGAGAAAUAUGGCUACAGCACUGUGGCGGUGACCCUGCUUACGCUGGGCUCCAUGCUUGGGACAACACUGAUCCUUUUCCACAGCUGCGAGGAGAACUACAGGCUCAUUUUACAGCUGUUUGUGGGCCUAGCUGUUGGGACACUUUCUGGGGAUGCUCUGCUCCAUCUCAUCCCUCAGAUUCUUGGUUUACAUAUGCAGGAAACCUCAGAGUUUGGACAUUUCUAUGAAAACAAAGGGCAUAUUUGGAAACUGUUGGGAUUAAUUGGAGGCAUCCAUGGAUUUUUCUUAAUAGAAAAAUGUUUCAUUCUUCUUGUAUCACCAAGUGCCAAGAAAGGCCCAGAAGAUGCACAAGCAGCUGAAAUCCCUAUACCUAAUCUGAACACUCCCAACAGAAAAUGCAAAACCAUUAGCUUGCUAGCAAUAAUGAUUCUGGUUGGGGACAGCCUGCAUAAUUUUGCAGAUGGCCUAGUAAUAGGAGCAGCCUUCUCAUCUUCAUCCGAGGCGGGAAUGACCACGACUAUUGCUAUCUUGUGUCAUGAAAUUCCCCAUGAAAUGGGAGACUUUGCUGUGCUCCUAAGCUCUGGACUUCCUGUUAAGAUUGCCAUCCUGAUGAAUUUUAUAAGUGCUUUAACUGCCUUCAUAGGACUGUAUAUUGGCCUCUCAGUAUCAACGGAUCCAUGUAUUCAAAACUGGAUCUUAACAGUUACGGCCGGGAUGUUCUUAUAUUUAUCCUUGGUGGAAAUGCUUCCUGAAAUGACUCAUGUUCAAACACAGCGACCCUGGUUGAUGUUUCUCCUGCAAAACUUUGGACUGACCCUAGGUUGGCUUUCUCUCUUCCUCUUGGCUAUAUAUGAACAAAAUAUAAAAAUAUAA